AUGGCGAUGAUGAUGACUGGCCGUGUGCUGCUGGUGUGUGCCCUCUGCGUGCUGUGGUGCGGUGCCGGUGGGGUUUAUGCAAGGGAUCGUGAUAACAAAUCACUGGGCGGCUGCAUUGCGUCGGGAGUUUUGGGUGAGAAUCAGUUCCAUUUGUCGAGCGGAUUUGAAAAAACGGUGAUUAAGGUGCCAUUGCGGUCAACGUUGCCCAUUCCUGCCGUGGAAUCUUCGACUGAAGAUUCCAUUGUUUCAGCAGUCAACGAUUCGGGUUCAAGUGAGAACUCCAUCCCUGGUGACUCUGGUCUUGCUGGUGCCGGGACUCCUGGUGCUGGUGGACCUUCUGGUCUUCCUGGUGCUGGUGGAGGAGGAGGUUCUGGUUCUGUAGUAACCGGUGGAACUGCUUCUGGGGGUGAUAAUGCCGGUGACGUUUCUUCUGGUCCUUCUGGUGGUGUUGGUGGUGGUAAAAAUGAUUCUGCAGUGCCUCUCUCUCCGUCUGGUGUUGAUUCUACACCUAGCAGCAGUGAUGGUGAGGCGGGGUCCCCAAACAGUAAUUCAUCUAACACAGUAGGGGAGUCCCCAAGAGAGGAUCAGUCGCCUGAUGCGACAGGAACUCACAACUCCUCGCCACCCGACGAACCCGCAGAAAUGACAUCCAGCAAUGAAGACGCAAGACAAGAAAAAGAAGAAAAAGAACAGCAUGAACACCCCGCAGAAAAUGAUGAAGAAUCCGCAAAAGAUAAAAAUGCCGUUAACAAAAAUACCACCGAAAAUACAGAAAACGUUGACAGCAGCACCUCGGUCUCCCAAAACAUCUCCCCUCUUUUGCUUCUUUUUGUUGUUGCGUGUGUGGCUGCUGCUGCGGUGGUGGCCGCGUGA